AUGGACCUGAGUGGUCGGCCCGCUGUUUCCCAGGCGCCCGCUGUGUGCCCGGCGCGGGCCCGGGCCCGCCUGUGCUGCCAGGGCCUUUUGACCCUGCCUGGCCAGAUGUCCACCCCCCCAGACUGCUGGAUGAAUGAGGUGGCCAGCUACGGCCUGCUGGAGGCUUUCCAAGCUGGCUUAGGCGUCCUGGAGAGCUCGGCGGCCCCGGCGGGCGCCUCUGGGCAGCCGCAGGAGGGACAGGCCAGCCGGGACGGAGCAGAGGCCGAGACGCUGUCGGAGCUGAUCGAGCGGCUGCAGAAGAAUGCUGACCAGGUGGAGAAGAACGUCGUGGACACGGAGGCCAAGAUGCAGAGCGUGAGUGUGCCCCCUCCCAGCGGCCGCUGCCGGGCUUCUCCCGGCCUGGGCCCAGCCUGUGGCUCAGGCCCCGGGGUGGGCUGUGACCCAGCUGCCCAGAAGCAUGCCUGGUGCGGUCGCCGGGCGAAGCAGGAGCCCCGUGAUCCCGGCGGAAUCAUCCGCCAGCUGAAGGAGCGUGUGGCCAACCUCCGCGGCAAGCACAAGCAGGUCUACAGCCUGGCAGUGAAGGAGGUGGACCCGCAGGUCGACUGGGCAGCGCUGGUGGAGGAGAAGCUGGACCAGCUGAGCAGUCAGGGCUUCGGCACGGACCUGCCGCUGGUCGACCACCAGGUGGAGCGGCACAACAUCUUCCACAACGAGGUCAAGGCCAUUGGGCCCCACCUGGCCAAGGACGGGGGCAAGGAGCCGGACAGCGAACUCCAGGCCAAGUACCAGAAACUGCUGUACGAGCAGGUGGUGCAGGGCCUGCAGAAGCGGGGGCAGCAGGUCGUGCCCCUCAAGUACCGCCGGGAGACGCCGCUCAAGCCCAUCCCCGUGGAGGCCCUCUGUGACUUCGAGGGGGACCAGGGCCCCAUCUUGAGGGGCUACAGCUACACCUUGCAGAAGAACAACGGGGAGAGCUGGGACCUCACGGACAGUGCCGGGAACAAGCUGACCGCCCCAGCCGUCUGCUUCAUGAUCCCCCCCACCGACCCAGAGGCCCUGGCUCUGGCCGACAGCCUGGGCAGCCAGUUCCGGAGCGUGCGGCAGAAGGCGGCCGGGAGCAGGACUGUUCUCCAGCAGCGACACGAGGUGCUGAGGACCGAGAACCCUGGAGAUGCCUCUGACCUUCAGGGGCGACAGCUGCUGGCCAGCCUGGACAAGGUGGCCAGUGACCUGGACCGGCAGGAGAAGGCCAUCACAGGUGUCCUGCGGCCCCCGCUGGAGCAGGGGCGGGCAGUACAGGACAGCGCCGAGCGAGCCAAGGCCCUCAAGGUACCUGCGGAUGGGCGCGGGCAGGCUCCCGGCCCCGGCCUCAGGGUCCCAUCCCCAGGGGCUCUUGGCGCUGACGGGGCCCAGCCAGCAGGCCCGAGUCGUGGAGAAGGGGACCGAGGGAGGGCUGCUCACCACUGCCUGAGCCCAGCGUUUAACCCCCCAGCCGCGUUUCUCCAGUAAAACGGGCAGGCCCCUCACGGAGGCUGGGCGGGUGUGGGGGAUGGCCCCCGCCCCCUCCGGUAACUGCAGCACGGGGGAGGGCUGCUCCUGACCCUCGCGGUCUGCUGUGCUGGAGGGCAGCUCCCGGGGCCCC